AUGGACAGUUACUUCAGUUCAAGCUCUCAGCAAUACCAGAUUGUGUUUAACUGUCCUCUUCCCUUUUGUGCCAUCGCUGAGGCGCCAGCGGUCAAACUGAAGUUCAAUCCCUUUGUGACUUCUGACUGGAGCAAGAACCAUAAGAGGCAUUUCAAUGCACCUUCCCACAUUUGCAGGAAGAUUAUGUCUUCUCCUCUUUCCAAAGAGCUGAGACAGAAGUACAAUGUUCGAUCCAUGCCCACCUGAAAGGAUGAUGAAGAUCAGGUUGUGUAAAGAUAUUACAAAAGGCAGCAAAUUGGCAAAGUAGUCCAGGUUUACAGGAAGAAGUAUGUCAUCUACACCGAACAAGUGCAGCAGGAGAAAGCUAAUGGUGCAACUGUUCAUGUGGGCAUUCGCCCCAGCAAGGUGGUUAUCACUAGACUAAAACUGGACAAAGACCACAAAAAGACUCUAGAACGUAAAGCCAAAUCUCACCAAGUAGGAAAGGAAAAGUGUAAAAACAAGGAAGAAACCAUUGAGAAGAUGCAUGAAUAA